AUGUGGCUCCUGAUUCCUGAUAUCAGAGCUCAGGAAAAGGCCGCAGUGAGUCGAGCUGAAGGACGACUGGAGAGACUGGAGAAGAAGAUCAAUGAUCUGAGGAGGAGAGACGCUGAGCUGGAGCAGCUUGCGAUGGAUGAACAUAAAAACCACGGCACUGUAUCAGCUGCGGCACAGAUGACAGAGACACAGUUUGUGACGUGUGUUUGCUCUGCUCCAGCAGGUGUUUCUUUGGGAUUUGCAUCUGCAAGUUUGUUUUCAUUUGCAGACAUAGUCAAGAGUAAAGAGGAAUUUGCAUUUGCCAAAAACGAUCCUAAUUUCACAUGGUCAAACGCCGGAGCCAAAGUUUUUGGAUGUGCAGCGACACAAAAAGAAGAAAAAGAAGAGGGCAUUGAUGGUGAAAAUGACGAGAUCCACUUUGAGCCGAUCGUGUCUCUGCCUGAGGUGGAGGUGAAGUCCGGUGAGGAGGACGAAGAGAUCCUGUUCAAAGAAAGAGCCAAACUGUACCGUUGGGAUCGUGAGCUCAAUCAGUGGAAGGAGCGUGGCGUGGGAGACAUCAAGAUCCUCUACCACCCCGUGAUAAAGCGCUACCGUGUGGUGAUGAGACGCGAGCAGGUGCUAAAUGUCUGCGCCAACCACACCAUCAGCAAGAGCAUCGAGCUCAAGCCCAUGAACACCUCGGCUAAUGCGCUGGUGUGGACCGCCACCGACUACUCCGAGGGAGACGGGAAAGUCGAGCAGCUGGCGGUCAAGUUCAAGACUCCAGAGCUGGCCGAGUCCUUCAGACGAGCGUUCACAGACUGCCAGAGCCGCAUGUCGCAGACUGACGCUGCUCAGACAUCUGCCGCCGAGGCGCAUUCAAAAGAGUCCAACCCUGUGGUGUUCUUCAACAUCACCAUAGAUGGGGAGGAUGCUGGGAGAAUCGUCAUGGAGCUCUUCGCUCACAUUGUCCCCAAAACGGCGGAGAACUUCCGGGCUCUGUGUACGAGAGAGAAGGGCUUCGGUUACCUCCAGUCUGUCUUCCACAGGAUCAUCCCGGGCUUCAUGUGUCAGGGUGGUGAUAUCACCAACCAGGAUGGGACGGGAGGAAAAUCCAUCUAUGAAAAGAUGUUUGAAGACGAGUGCUUCGAGGUGAGGCACACAGGGCCGGGGCUGCUGUCCAUGGCCAACCGUGGCAGAGAUACCAACAACUCACAGUUCUUCAUCACCCUCAAGAAAGCAGAGCACUUGGACUUCAAGCAUGUGGCCUUCGGCUUCAUCAAAGAGGGCAUGGAUGUGGUGAGGAGAAUCGGAGAGCUGGGCGCUAAAGAUGGGAAACCCACGAAAACUAUCACCAUCUCAAACUGUGGACAGAUUAAGUGAGCUUUUCUAUGCAAACAGCUGUUCAUCAUGUUUGAGAUUGUGUUCCCUGAACUCUUGCGUAAAUCAGGACUUGUAUAUGCAGUGGUUUUAUAUUUGUCCUGUAAGUGUGUUAAUAAAUUGCACAGCACUAGUUGACAAUGAAACUUAUGCUUUGCAA